AUGAUCGAUGCCUUCAUGACAAACGGGAUCUCAGCUGAGAUUCCUAUCGGCGGAGAAGAGAGGAGAAUGGAUGGUGGUUGGGUCCAGGAUCCAGAUUCCAUAGGUGGGUCAUUUUCGGCGUCCUCCCACCGAUGCCACCACAAGCAGAAGCACUGUCUCCCCAUCCCACAGUGUGGAGCUCUGUCCAUCAGCCCUCUGCUUUUCCAUCCCCACACAAAAGGAUCCCAGAUCAUCAUGGACACAACACAGAAGGCAGUGAAGCGCCAGGCUAGCUUCUGCAAUGCCAUCACCUUCAGCAACAGGCCCAUUGUUAUUUAUGAACAGGUCAGGCUUAAGAUCACUAAAAAGCAGUGUUGCUGGAGUGGGGCCCUUCGACUUGGGUUUACUUCCAAGGAUCCAUCGAGGAUUAACCCUGACACUCUGCCCAAGUACGCGUGUCCCGACCUGGUGUCCCAGAGCGGUUUUUGGGCCAAGGCUCUGCCGGAAGAGUUUGCAAAUGAGGGAAACAUCAUAGCCUUCUGGGUGGACAAGAAGGGACGGGUUUUCUAUCGGGUGAACGACUCUGCUGCGAUGCUCUUCUUCAGCGGGGUGAGGACAGCAGAGCCCCUCUGGGCUCUGAUUGACGUCUACGGCCUCACCCGCGGGGUGCAGCUCUUAGACAGUGAAAUCAUUCCCCCCGACUGCCUGCGGCCCCGCUCCUUCACCGCCAUCCGGCGGCCCUCGCUGCGGCGGGACACGGAGGACACGCGCCUCUCGGUCAGCCUGUGCGACCUCAACCUGCAGGAGGAGACCUUCCACAUGACGGCCACCACGUGCCCCAUCCCACAGAACUCCCUCAACUCCCAGCACUCCCACCUCCUCCCCUCCCAGCUGGAGAGCGACCUUCGCUUCCACCACCUCCGGGGACCCCACGUCAAAAUCCUCGAUGACCAAACCGUGGCCCGUCUGGAGCACGCCCGGGAGGAGAGGACUUUGGUUUUCACCAGCAGACCCCUUCGGAUCAACGAGACUAUUUUUGUCAAAAUCAACAAGUCCAAUGCCGUGCGCACGGGGACACUGUCCUAUGGGGUGACGUCCUGUGACCCCAGCACCUUGCGCCCCAGUGACCUCCCCUAUAACCCCGAGUCUCUGGUUGACCGAAAGGAGUUCUGGGCCAUCUGCCGGGUUGUGGUGCCCCUCCAGAGUGGAGACAUCCUGGGAUUUAUGGUGAAUUCGGAUGGUGAGCUGCACUUAAGUCACAAUGGUGCUGGCACUGGCAUGCAGGUCUGCGUGGACUGUUCCCAGCCCCUCUGGAUGCUCUUCGUUUUACAUGGAGCCGUCGUGCAAAUUCGACUGCUGGGUUCCACCAUCUCAGCAGAGCGGCUGGGGCUCUCCACACCGAGCUCACCCACCUCGACACCCAACUCCCCCACUCUCCUCUGCAGCGGCGUCUCUGACCCCAUAUUGUCUACGUGUGGCUCUGGCCCCCUCUGCAGCUCUAUCAGUGGCACAGCUCCCAACUCUCCCAUCAGCCUGCCUGAGUCACCCAUCUCCCCAUCCGUCUCAGGGCCCUGGGGAGAUGAAUGUACCAUCUGCUAUGAGAACAUGGUAGACACAGUCAUUUACUCCUGUGGACACAUGUGUCUCUGCUAUUCAUGUGGGCUGAAGCUCAAGAAGAUGGCCAAUGCUUGCUGCCCCAUUUGCAGAAGGGCCAUCAAAGAUAUAAUCAAAACAUACCGCAGCACUUAGAGCAGCAGCAGAUGCUGUGGUGGGAACUGGGUAUGUGGGGAGGAGGCUGUGACACAACACAGGUCUUGGUCUCUAUUAAUCAUCCAGGAGAUUAAAAAAAAACCAUCACCACCACCACCCUGAGCCCUUUUUCCCAUGGACAACAGAUGAGACAAGCUUUGAUGCUGCUCUUCUAUCCUCCAAGCAAGGCCUGGGGAUGAACUCCAGUAUGUCAGGGAAGUUGUGACAGUCUACUCUCCCUUGUGGAUUUUAAACAUUAUC